CUCCCCUUGUCUUCGCUCCAUUAUGAAUCCAUCACAGCGAGUUUUAAGAGCUUUCCCAGCAAGAAGCGUUCGCUGCUAUUCAUCAUCUAGCUCAGACUAUAUACCUGGACGACGUGGAUAUGCUCCAGGAUUCAAUGCUCCUGUCAACACUCGCAACAGCCCUAAACCAUCAAGGAAGACCCCGCUAGAAACUACCCUAGCUUCACAUUUACCGAGUGGUGAGAAUGCCCAGCGAAAAUCCGAAUCAAAGUCUGGCAUGAACGCAUAUCGGGAAGCUGUUCGUUCUAAGCGAUUUGAGUAUGCCCAAGAAUUAUUGACUGCUCAUGCACAACGACGACAGCAAUCUUUGCAAAAGCAAGAAGAAAAUUUCAAACAAUUGGACUCCCAACGACAACAGUUGCUUAGUGAAAAACAAGCUGCCAUUUCUCAUGAACAAGAAGUUAUACAUGAACUUGAGCUUGAUUCAGCUUUACCAACUACUGAAUCCGAGACUUUGGCCGCCCGGGACGCACACCGACUUGAAAACUUAAGAGCUCAGAAGCGCGAACAAUCCGAUGCUCGACUCAACAAGUUACUUGCUAUCUAUCACGACUCCAACAACUUCAUAACAAGAGAGAAUUUGGAUAGCAAGCUCAGUGCUUUGGUCCACCAGGAAAACCGACCACCUUUUAUGCAGACUUACGAUGAUCUCAAGACGUCGCAAGAAGUUGGCGAUGUUCAACAAUUGCAAAGAAGAGAAGCCAUGUUGAGAGAUGUCAUGGAAGGCACUGUCAGUGGUCAGCAUGUUGGUGCUCGUGCUGUUCGGGAGUGGGUGGAGAAGAAUUAAAUUCUUCAACCAAAUGUUAAAUAUACAAAUAGAUAAAAGUAUCUUGCACUUUCAUUCAAGUCAACCUCAAAAUAAAUGGCCCAUAAUAGACAUGU